AUGGCAGAAAUUUACGAUCCAUCAACAGAACUUUGGAUGCUGACUGGCAAUACAAGUAUUGCACGACUCAAUCCGACAGCAUCAACACUAACCAAUGGCAAAGUCCUACUUGCUGGGGGAUAUAAUAUCGAAAACUAUGGAAAUACUGCAGAACUUUUCGAUCCAUCAACAGGACUUUGGACAUAUACUAGUAGAAUGAUUACAUAUCGCUACAAUCACGCAGCAUCGAUCCUAGCGAGUGGAAAAGUCUUAGUUUCUGGUGGACGUGAGAACAUUAUCUAUCAAAACACUGCUGAGUUGUUCGAUCCAUCCACAGGACUUUGGAUGCAGACUGGCAGCAUGACUACUUCGCGGUAUGAUCAUACAGCAUCGCUACUAGUCAAUGGAAAAGUGUUAGUUGCUGGUGGGCAGGACAGAAAUACCUAUUUGAAUACCGCAGAACUUUUCGAUCCAUCAACAGGGCUUUGGAUAAUGACUGGCAGCAUGAGUAUUCGACGUUAUAGUCACUCAGCGUCGAGGCUAGUCAAUGGAAAAGUUUUAGUUACUGGUGGAUCUGAAAACGGAUACCUUCAGAAUACUGCCGAACUGUUUGAUCCUUCAACAGGACUUUGGACACAAACGGGUAACAUGAGUACUAUGCGGUCGCAUCACACAACAUCAACGCUAGCGAAUGGAAAAGCUUUAGUUGUUGGUGGAUUAACCUAUGGUACUGCUGUGAAUACUGCCGAACUAUUUGAUUCCACAACAGGACUCUGGACACAAACGGGCAGCAUGAGUGCUAGGCGAUCGUAUCACACAGCAUCGACACUAGCGAAUGGAAAAGUUUUAGUUGUUGGAGGAUUAAGCUAUGGUGUCUCUCUGAAUACUGCCGAACUAUUCGAUCCCACAACAGGACUCUGGACACAAACUGGCAAUAUGAGCAUCAAACGUGCUGAACACAAAGCAUUGAUACUAGCCGACGGUAAAGUAUUAGUUGUUGGUGGAGAUAGGGAUGUCUACUCGGUAACUACUGCAGAACAAUUCGAUCCAGCAACAGGACUCUGGACAAUGGCUGGGACCAUGUCAGAUUGGAGAUUUGGUCAUUCAGCGUCGACACUCUCUGAUGGAAAAGUCUUAGCUACUGGUGGAUAUCGGGGUGGCCGUGAUGGGAAAAGUGCAGAACUUUUUGAUCCAUCAACAAGAGUUUGGACACGGACUGAAGAGUUGAAUAUUGGACGAGAGCACCACACGUCAUCACUGCUAUCCAAUGGAAAGGUGUUAGUUGUUGGAGGGCUUAGUCCAUAUGGUCAGGUUGUGAAUAGUGCAGAAUGGUAUGAUUGA